UACAGGAUCUUUGAUCUUUGUUGCAGUAUGUGGGAUCUUUAGUUCUGGCAAGUUCCCUGACCAAGGAUUGAAUCUUGGCCCCUUAUAAUGGGAACGCGGAGUCUUAGCCACUGGACCAUCAGUGAAGUCCCUUUAUGUGCCUCUGUUUAUGCCAGUACUGUACUGUUUUAAUUAUUGUAGCUUGGUGGUAUAGUUUGAAAUCAGGAAGCAUGAUGCCUUCAACUUUGUGGAGCUUUCUUGGCUGUUCAGCAUCUUUAUUGGUUUCAUAUAAAUUUUAAGAUUUUUCUAUUUUUGUGAAAAAUACCAACGAGAUUUUGAUAGGGGUUGUUUUGAAUUUGUAGGUGACUUUGGGGAGUGUAGACAUUUUAACACUCUCUUGUUAAUUAAUGUCAAUUGUCUUAUUAUUUGAUGUCAAUUAAUUAUUCCAACCCAUGAUCAUGGACUACUUAUUUGUGGUUUCAAUUUUUUUUGUCAGUGUCUUAUAGGUGUCAGUGAACAGGUCUUUCAUCUCUUUGGUUAUAUUUAUUCAUAGGUAUUUUAUUCUUUUUGAUACAAUUGUAAAUCCGAUUCUUUUCUUAAUUUAUAAUAGUUUGUUAUUCGUGUAUGGAAAUCAACUUAUGUUUGUAUAUUGAUUUUGUAUUCUAUAACUGAACUUGUUUAUUCUAACAGUUUUUUUGGUGGAGUCUUAUAGAAUUUUCUGUAUGUAACAUUAUACACAAACCGAUUGUCUUGCUUCUGUCUGUAUGAUUUGGGUGGUUUUUAUUUUUCUUGCCUAAUUGCUUUGGCCAGAAUGUCCAGUACUGUGUUGAAUAAAAAUGGUGAGAGUGGGCAUCUUUGUUUUGUUCCUGAUCUUAGAAGACAGCUUUUAGCUCUUUACCGUUGAGUAUGAUGUUAGCUCGGGGCUUGUCGUGUAUGGCUCUUAUUAUGUGUUGGUAUUUUCUAUCUGUAUACAGUUUAUUGAGGUUUUUAUCAUGAAUGGAUAUUGAAUUUUAUCCACUACUUUUUCUCCAUUUAUUGAGAGGAGUGUGAUUUUUAUUUUGUUAAUGUGUGUCACAUGAAUUGAUUUGGGAAGGUUGAGCCAUCCUUGCCUCCCUGGAAUACAUUUCAGCUGAUCAUUGUGCGUGAUCUUUUUAAUUAAGUGUUGAGUUCAGUUUGCUGUUAUUUUGUUGAAGACUUGUACAUCUAUGUUUAUUAAAAAUAAAUAUUAUUUUCUUUCCUUGUUGUGUCUUUGUCUGGUUUUAGUAUUAGAGCAAUACUGGCUUUGUUUGGAGGCAUUUAGAGUUCUUUGAAAGGAUUUUCCACUCAGAAGACCCUCCACUGGCCAUUCUCCCAAAAGACUGUGUGUUCAUCUGGGAGCCUGGAGCCAGAGCCCUGCCUCUGGCCCAGACCUGGACUUGUGUUUAAGGGGCAUGUCUGAGGAGGUCCCACUCCAGGAGCUGGUGGGGAGUGGGGGUGGGGUCUGGUGGAGUGUGGAUCUCACCUCUUCUGGGAGCUGUGUUCUGCAUGCCUGACUUCAUAUUUCCUGUGCUUGCCCAGGAACUGCCCGGGCCCUGGCCAUGGGGCACUGUCGCCUUUGUCAUGGGAAGUUCUCCUCCCGGAGUCUCCGCAGCAUCUCCGGCAGGGCGCCUGGGGAGAGCUCAGAAAGGCCACCCCCUGGGGACCGUGUUUUCAUCCGAGAUUUUCAGCGCCUCCUGGGCGUGGCUGUCCACCAGGACCCAGCUCUGUCCCAGUUUGUCUGCAAGAACUGCCAUGCCCAGUUCUACCAGUGCCACGGCCUCCUCACAUCUUUCCUGCAGCGAGUCAAUGUUCUCCCGACAGGCCGCCGGAAGCCUUGCACAAAGGUCGGUGUCCAGCCACGGAUGGGGCCGGAGGAGGGAGCGUGUGUGGUGGACCUGAUUGCUUCGAACCCCCAGGGCCUGCGUGGCUUGGUGGGGUGGGUGCACAGACACGCGGCUGGCUGCGGGGCCCUACCUAGCCUCCAGAGGACGCUGUCCUCCGAGUACUGUGGUGUCAUCCGGGCCGUGUGGGGCUGCGACCAGGGCCAUGACUACACCAUGAACGCCGACUCCAGCUGCGGGGCCCUCUUGCUGGACAGCGCUUUGGGUGUCAAGUGGACGUGGGACAAGGAUUCAGCCCCACGACUCCCCCAGCAUCGGGGGUUCAGCCCCACCGGGGCUGCCCCUCAGAGCUCCCAAAGCAGAGCAGCUGCGGCUGGGGCUGAGACCGAGACACUCCCCAGCAUGGACACAAACCAGCUUCCUUCAGAUGGUGACCCAGUGGGACCGGGGCCGGGACCCCCGUCUCAGCCAAGCCUCCCCCAAGGUGGGACCCCAGGGCAAUUGGGUGAGAAGCAGGUUCCAUCUCCAACCUCGGAUGAUCGGGUAAAAGACGAGUUCAGUGACCUUUCUGAGGGAGAUUUCCUGAGUGAAGAUGAAAAUGACAAGAAGCAGAACACCCAGUCCUCGGAUGAGUCCUUUGAGCCGUACCCAGGAAAGAAGGUGUCUGGUAGGAAAGGUGAAAGCAAAGAAGCCAAGAAGUCAGAAGAACCAAAAAUCCGAAAGAAACCUGGACCCAAGCCGGGCUGGAAGGGCAAGCCGCGGGAGGAACUACCCACCAUCUACAAGUGUCCGCACCAGGGCUGCACGGCCGUAUACCGCGGGGCCGACGGCAUGAAGAAGCAUGUCAAGGAGCACCACGAGGAGGUCCGGGAGAGGCCCUGCCCACACCCCGGCUGCAACAAGGUGUUCAUGAUCGACCGCUACCUGCAGCGCCACGUCAAGCUCAUCCACACAGAGGUGCGGAACUACAUCUGCGAUGAGUGUGGACAGACCUUCAAGCAGCGGAAGCACCUCCUGGUCCAUCAGAUGCGCCACUCUGGAGCUAAGCCUCUGCAGUGUGAGGUCUGCGGGUUCCAGUGCCGGCAGCGGGCAUCCUUGAAGUACCACAUGACCAAGCACAAGGCUGAGACGGAGCUGGACUUUGCCUGUGACCAGUGUGGCCGGCGGUUUGAGAAGGCACACAACCUCAACGUGCACAUGUCCAUGGUGCAUCCGCUGACGCAGACCCCAGACCAGGCCCCGGAGGCCCCACCCAGGCCCGCAGCAGGGCAGGUGGUGAAGGCUGAGCCCACCUGAGGGCCUGCCCGCCCUGAGGUCAGGGGUGGUGACUGAACUUCAGGCCUGUGGGCAGAGUGGUGUCCUGACGCACCCCCACUAUGUGUGCUGGGUGGUGAUGGUUCAGUCCACGGCUUGCGGGGUCUUGUGGCCUCUGCUCUGGGACCAGCAGUUUCUUCUCCUAUAAGCAGAGUAACUUGGGCCAGAUGCAGAUUUUUUAGAGAACUGAUUCCUCUUCCCCACUAAAGCAAUUGAGAUUUGUAACCCACUUUUCAGGGCAACAAGAGCUCCAUGUUAUGCUUGUAAUAAAUUAUUUACCGAGGA